AUGACUGGAAAGAGUUCAGGCGCAAGACCACCAGUUUUACUUAUAUUCCAGGGUUGCCAGGUCGCCAAACCUAAUAGCCGGACAGACCAGCCAGUUUGGCCGGACAUUUGGGUAAAGAUUACUCUUAUGCUAAUAACUUUAACGUUUUUCUUUAUAAUGUAUUUGUACGCGUUAACAUUUUUAAGCGUCAAUGGUCAAUUAAAACCAGUGGAGUGGAUGGUGUAUAAUUUUAAAAUUGCGGUUUUCCUGCUUCUCCUUUUUGCGAUCUCCUGGAGUGCACAGAGUGUUCAGAACAGUUCCGACCUACUAAAACGUCGUCUUGGAAAACUACUGAUUAACUCACUUUCCGAUGCUGACACAUUUAAAGCGACUAAGGAUUUUCUGCACUUGGUAUCGAAUUGUCCUAUCAAGACACAAGGGUUCGGAUCUAUCGAUGUAGACAUGACGCUCGUGCCUAAAUUUGUUAUGUUUUUCACUUCUUACACUGUAAUAGCUCUUCAAUUCAAUAAUGUAGUUUAA